CAAACUCCUGUACCUUUGAACUAUGUCUAAUUGUCUAUGACACACAUUUGAAAACGCAGAACAUUUUUUUCUUUCCAUUAUUGCCCUUCAAAUAUCUCUAAAGCCUUAUUGCAAGCAAACAAAUGGAGGUUCCCUCGGGGUUGUUGGCUAAACUCUGGAGCUUCGUUUCAUUUAUUCCCUUCUUUUCUUUACUCUUUAUCCUUGGCCUUCUCAAAGCUGCAAUCAUCGGUCCAGUAGCGGUUGCAAUUAUUGGGAGCGGGAAUUCAGCAGUGGUGAUUGGGCUUUGGCCAGCACAUUUUAUAUGGACUUACUUCUCUGUAGCAAGAACGAAGAGACUGGGACUGGCUCUAAAGAUUGUGGUUUUGGUGUCGUUGAUUGUACCGCUGGGUCUCUGGCCAGUCGUGGCUGUUGCCGGAAGCAUAUUAGGUGGAAUAGGGUAUGGAGUUUUUGCUCCCCUUAUUGCAACUUUUCAGGCAGCAGGGCAAAAUGCGAUCGACAAAUGCUACCACUGCUUUGCUGAUGGUUGUCUGUCAACCAUUAAAGGAAGCUGCACGGUGGUUGUGGACUUCACAGAUUUCUGUUUCCACUCAUACUUCUCCUACAUGGAUGAGCUAAGCGAAAAAAUGCCUCCGGAUGAGAAGCCUAUGGAUGUAAAGUUAAUGAAAUUACCAGGUUGUUUGUUGGUUGGCUUGAUUGGCAUGUUGGUUGAUGUGCCUUUGAUUACAGUUGUUACUCUAUGGAAAAGCCCAUAUAUGCUGUUCAGAGGAUGGAAAAGGUUGUUCGAAGAUUUAAUUGGUCGGGAAGGACCGUUCUUAGAGACAGUGUGUGUUCCCUUUGCUGGUUUAGCAAUCCUUUUAUGGCCUUUGGCUGUUGUGGGAGCUGUAGUUGGAGCUAUCAUUGCAAGCUUCUUUCUUGGACUCUACGGUGGAGUUAUCGUGCAUCAGGAAGAUUCACUUCAUAUGGGAUUUUCUUAUAUUAUAUCUGUGGUUUCGCUAUUUGAUGAGUACGUAAAUGAUUUACUCUACGUGAGGGAAGGAUCCUGUCUGCCCAGGCUCCGGUAUCGUAGAAACAAGGACCGUAAUUCUGAGAUCGAAAAGGUUGACAACAACUGUUGCAAUGAACUGGAGAGUAAAGGUCAGGCAUCAAGCACACAACUCAUUUCAGAAAACUCAAGAACAUUGAAGUGGCCAAUUCAACAGUAUAAUCCAAUGCAGGUGUGGGACUGGCUUUUUAAAUCCUAUGAGGUGGAUGGUCGGAUACUCCUCCGUGAUGGCCUAAUAACUAUCAAGGACAUUGAGGAAUGCAUUGUUAAGGGAAAUUGUAAAAAGUUGUGCAUAAGACUACAAGCUUGGUCCAUCUUGCAGUGUCUGCUGACAUCGGUUAAGGCUGACGCAUCUGGCAUAGUUAUCGGUGAUAAUGCGGAACUGACUAGGAGUAAUAUGCCAAGGGACAAAGUGUUUGAAUGGUUUGCUGGGCCGCUUUUUGUCAUGAAAGAGCAAUUAAAGAAGCUCGAAUUAGAUGAAAGUGAAGAAGCUUGCCUAAGGAAGCUGGUUAUGGAGUGCAAAAAUGAAACACCCGAGGACUGGAAUGAUUCUGGUUAUCCAUCCGAAGAUAAUGUCAGGAGAGCACAGCUUCAAGCCAUAAUUAGAAGAUUGCAGGGAAUAGUAGCUUCCAUGUCUCGAAUACCAACCUUUCGGCGUCGCUUCAGGAACUUGGUGAAGUUGUUAUACAUAGAGGUGAUUCAGGCUGAUGCUUCAGUCCAUCACAUCGGAGGAAUCCUAAAAGCUAGACUUAGUGGCCAGAGAUCAUCCGGAAAGGGAAGUAAAAAAGAUGGAUAUGAAAAUGAUGAUGCAAAAGGGAAUAAAGCUAAUGAAAAUCUGGAUGUAGUGUAAAUGAACCUUUGCACAGUUAAAUUUAUUGUAGAAUACAGGUGUGAAUUAUAUACAUCUUCUGUAAAGGAUGAAAAAUCAGGUCACUGUAACAUUGACUCUGAUGUCAGUACCAUGAUGUUCAUGUCAGCAAGAAUAUUGCAACUUAAGGCUCGGUA